AUGGAUCAUAAAAAAAUAAUAUUUAAAAAAAAAGGAAAAGAAAAUUUGAAUAAGAAAACAUUUGAUGUGUCACCAAAUUAUGUAAAGUUAUUUGUAAUACCAGAUGAAUGUUUAAUAAAUUUAAUAGAUAAAUUUAUUAACAACUUAUUUAAUGAGGAGAAUUAUAUACAUACCACAAAAAAGAUGAAAACAAAUAAAAAAUGCAUAAUCACGAAUUUAUUAGAAGCACAAAAGAAAUUUUUUGAAUGUAAAAUGAUUGAAAAUCCACUAUUCCAUUAUAAUAUUAAUGAUGAUGAGUUAAAUAUUAUUUAUAAUAAAUGUAAUAGAAAUAAAAUUCAUUUUAAUUUAUUUUAUGAAGCAAGAAGAAUAUUAGAAAUUGUUAAAGUAAAUUAUAAAACAUAUGAUAAUUAUGAAAAUAUCAUAUUUAAUAAUAAAAAUAAAAAUAUACAUAAAAAUAAAACAUUUUUAACAAGAUAUCAAAUAAAAAAUUAUAUCAUGAAAUAUCUACAAAAUAGUGGAAUUAAACAUAACGUUCAAAUUGAAUUUAAAGAAAAUCUUAUAUCAGCUAUCCAAAUAUUCAAAAAAAAAAAUAAUUCAUAUUAUAUACAGUUACAAUAUCAUGAUAUGACAAGACAAAAAAUACGUGCUUUAUGUAAUCAUGAAAUAGGAACACACUUAUUAAGAAUGAUUAAUCAUCAUUAUAAUGAAUUACAAAAAUUUGGUAUCAAUAAUAUAUGUAAUAUAACCGAAGAAGGUUUAGCUGUUAUUAAUUCUAUGUAUUCAUUAAAAAAAAAAAAAAAUCAUUUAUAUCUUAUAUCUCCAGCAUUGAAAUAUUUAGCCGUAUGUUUAGGAAAUUUCUAUAGCUUUUCAAAAUUAUACAGGUUUUUAAACACCUUUGUAAUAGAUAAAAAUAAAUGUUUUAAGAUAUGUGCAAGAGUUAAAAGAGGAUUAACAGAUACAUCUUUACCAGGAAGUGUAUAUCAUGAUCAAUUAUAUUUUAUAGGUUCAUAUAGUAUAUUAAAAUGGUUUAAAAAUAUUGAUUUUCCUUUAUUAUAUUCAGGAAAUAUAGGUUUAUCUUAUUUAAAUACUAUAUCCAAAUAUGUUAAUACAAAAAAUAAUUUAUUACCAUAUUUUCUCGCUAAUCAAAAAAAAGUGAAUGCUUAUAUGAAAUUCUUACAGAACGUUUCUUAUAUUAAUGGAAUAACACCAGAAAAAUGUGCAUUCAUACAAAAUGGGAAUAUACCGAAAAAUAUAAAAAAUAUAAAAAUAAAUAAAAAUAUAAAUAUAAAUAAAAAUAUAAAUAAAAAUAUAAAUAUAAAUAUAAAUAAGGCUGUAUAA